CUUAGUACUGUUUACACUCGAUUGCUGUCAUGCUGGAUAACGCUGGUGUGUGGUACUUUUCUUAUGUGUACUUCUAGCAUUUUCCAUGGCAGCUUCAAUGAUACCUCCGGCAGCUUUAAAUCUUAAACAGUUUCUACAGCGUCAAAAGGUCCUCAGUUUGUACAGGAGUAUUUUACGAACUAUCAGAAAAGUUCCCGAUAAAGAAGACCAGCAAUAUUUGAAAAAUUGGGCAAGAGAAGAGUUCAAAAGGAAUAAGAAUGUCAAGGAAGAGGACGUAAUUCGAAUGAUGCUCACUCAAGGCAGACGACAGCUUGAGGACCUUACUAGGACACUUCAGCUAGCUCAGAGCAGUUAACUGCAUUCACGUCGUUCAGGCUGCCAUGAGGGGUACCUGGAGGAACCACAAAGAUUACAGAUAUAUGUUGAGAGAAGCCCAGAUCUGACACUGAUGCAUGUUCAAGCAGCUAUCUCAGGUGGCACAGUGGUUAUGACCUAUGGAUUUGCAUUCAAGAUCUAAAGUGGCAGGAAAGUGUAUUGCAUUGAACCUCUUGAAUAAUGCAUGGAUGUGUUUUGGAUGCAUUGAUGCAUCCAGAGGGGACUGGGCAGUCUAAUGGUCUGGAAUCCCUACAGAUUUAUUUUUUUCUUCAGCCGUCUGGAGGUUUU